AUGUCGCGAUCCUCUUACGACCGCACUCUCACCAUCUUCAGUCCCGAGGGACGGCUCUACCAAGUCGAGUAUGCCUUCAAGGCGAUCACGACCUCGGGACACACCUCGUUGGCGAUCAGGGGAGCUGGCGUCUCGGUGGUGAUCACGCAGAAGAAGGUUCCCGACAAGCUCCUCGACCCCGAGUCAAUCACCCACAUCUUCAACAUCACCCCUUCCAUCGGCUGCGUCAUGACCGGCCGGACAGCCGACGCUCGCUCCCAGGUCCAGCGUACGCAGUCCGAGGCAUCGCAGUUCCGCUACAAGUACGGCUACGAGAUCACGCCCGAUCUGCUCGCAAAGAGGAUUGCCAACAUCAACCAGGUCUACACGCAACGAGCGGCGAUGCGACCACUCGGCAUCUCGAUGAUCAUCGUCGGCUUCGACCCGCAGUACGGCCCUCAGAUCUUCAAGCUCGACCCGGCAGGCUACUAUGUCGGCUUCCACGCGACCGCCGCCGGCCAGAAGCAGCAAGAAGCGACGAACGUGCUCGAGAAGGGCUUCAAGAAGGGAUGGAAGUUCGAGUCGAAGGACGAGGUGGUCGAGUUGGCGCUGUCGACACUGAGCCAGGUCUUGUCGACGGACUUGAAGGCGGGAGAGGUCGAGAUCGGCGUUGCCGAGGAGGGAAAGGUCGAGGGCAGGGGGCAGUUCCGAAAGCUCACGACGGAGGAGAUCGCAGCCGCGCUUGACCGACUUUCGGAGCGAGACUGA